AUACCCAGUACGCGUCCGGUGCCGCGGGGGGUACCACCGUUACUUUUCGCUCGAAGAAGGCCGUGCAGCGAGUUAAAGUGACCAAAACAAAAUAAUAUGUAUUCGCGUAAGGCGCCAGUAUUAUAGGAAAGCCAUUUAAAUUCCGACAUAUGGUACACGUGGGUCGCGAUGGUUUAAUCAUCAUAAUUCAAUGAUUAAUAAAAAAAAGUGCUAAACGUAGUGAUUUAGUUCGGUGAAUGGUGUUUGUUCAUAUGGUGAUUGUUACUGAGUGACCUCAAGGAUUUAUAUCUCAUAAUCACUAAUGCUGAGCCUGGAUUUGCAGGUGAGUCACAAUGCUGCAACCAACUAAUAGAAACGAAAAUCCAACCUCUAACCGUAAAAGUAAAUUAACCUACUCAUCAUCAUCAGCGUCCGAUAAUCCAAAGACGAGGGAAAAUAUUGUCAAUGAAGAGUCGUCACGUUCGAUUAACGACAAUAACUCGUUUUCCUUCAAUACCGAAGAAAGUCACGUCAAGUGUUUAGAUAAAGGAAGCGAUGAAGUAACUUGUCGAAGAGAAAAAUCUGUAGAGAAAGUGGCGGAUAGUGAAAAUCACGAAUCGAGUGUAUUUGUGGUGAUCGAUGCUGAAUUUGCGGGAAUUGGUGGAGGGAAAUGCGAGGAGCAAGCAGAUGAAGAUCAAGGAACAAUAACCCAAGUACCCAAAGAAAAAGACGCUACCUCCCUAGAAACCGCACAAAACAAAAUGAACGACAAUAUUGAAAACAAUUUAAACAACAACACCAUAGAUUACAUUGAAAUGUUAACGCUGGACGCAAGGGAGUUUAUAAAGUGCAACUGCGAUAAAAACGAGAAAAGCCACUUUUGCAAAGACUGCUACGUAAACAUUCAAAACUUACCUAAUCAGGAGACUAAUGAUAACGAUUUUAUAAUAGGCAUAAAGGAAUCGUGUGAAAGCAUCACAGACAAUAACGAUGAGAAAAUAGCGAACGAUGCGGAACCUAAACCGGUGGUCUUAGAUCGUUGUUUAGAAACUAGUGGGGAGCAGUUUGAUAAAAAUUGCAUAAAAAUGCAUGCCAAAAAUGAACUGCUGCUGAUGGCUGACAGCUUUUUGAGCCUAAAACUACUGGCUCAAAAACUGAAGGACCAGCCUCAGAAUGCGGAUGACUAUAAACGCUUUCUGGAUCUGUUAAGUAACUUAAAGGAAAACACUAACGAUAAUUUGUCAAUGCUUAUCCAGCAAGACGUAAAUACGAUUAAAAGUUCAACACCUAUUGAUUGGAGCACAAAAAAAAACAUCGGUAAUCAACCCUCGGAGGGAAAAGAAGAAGAUGCCUCACUGCCAUCAAGUGAGGUUAACCUUGACCCAAUAACAACGUUAGCCCAGCACCUCGUCAGUAAUCCUCCAGAUCCAUUCCCGAACGUUGGCCAUCCCGAACGGGAAUCCUGCGCCUCCUCUCUACUAAAACGACGAUCGAUCGACGGCAGCGACGUCCAGCAGGAGCAAGCGUCGUUAUCCAGUCGCGAGUCCGACGUUGGCGUCGUUCGUGUUUCGCAAACGGCUCGUUCAGCUCCUGCCGAUAGCUCAACUUCGACGGGAAACUCUAUUGAUAGCUGCGGAACGGGUCAGCGCUCGCUUCCGGAUCGGUGCGGUAUAGCAUCUACUGAUUCCCGUAAACAGCUGACGUGGAUAUUUAAUGAAAAUGGCAGGUUGGUGUUUAUUGAGAACCAGUGUGAGGAGGUAAACACCGCAGAAUCAAAAGAGGAGGAAGUGAACAGUCAUGAAAGACCACCUGUUUCUUUAUUAAGCAGUUGCAGUUCAACAGAUGGCAGGGUAACAACUAGUCUAUUGUCUAGUAAGUCUAUCAAUCGUCGUUCCGAGGAUACUCGCAUAAAAUAUUUGGAGGGUAAGCUUAAGCAAGCUGGAAUCAGUGAUCUUAUUGGAGAAAACAAUCGGGAUGCAGCUGAUACAGUCAAGACCUCUAUUAGUGAUCAUAGUUCGCAAUUGACUGAUUUGAAACUAGACGGUAGCUUUGUAAAAUCGCAUUCCUACACCGUCGACUCUGAGGAGCCCCAACUUAACUUGAAUCCAAAGUUUGUUGACUACUCAGAGUUCCAAAGUAAACAAGCGACCGAGUGUCCAGACAAUUCUUUAUCCGACGACUUUAUCCUGGACGAAUCUCAUGGUUUCUGUCAGUUUGACGUGACUGGAUUCUCAACGUUUUCAGUGGGUCAACCAGAUUUGGCGCUGUAUAAUGAGUAUAUCGAGGACAGCUCGUCCAGUGACUCUUGCGAUUGCGGCGAGGAGGACCACUUUAUUGUAAUCAGAAGGACGAACGGAGACGGAGCAAUGGUAAACGAUACCUCGGACCGUUCCAAACAUAACCCGGAUCGCGACAACCUGAAAUCCUUACUGAAAAAACCGGGAAAAUCGCGCGAUAAAAAAUCGAACCGGGUGAUUUUCAACGAGAACAAAAACGAGUUUUUCGACGCCGACUACAUCAUCCUCAUCCGUGAGGACUGCGAACUGGACGAGGACGAUGACGACGGUAUUUGUACGUGUCAGCAACACGAAAUGGUUCGGCUCACGUGUUGCGAACCGAAUUGUAAUUGUCAGUACGAGGGAGCCGCGGGGGAACCGACCCCCCAAAGCCCCAAGUUCGCACCGCCGAUGGAGUUUGUGGACGUGGUGACUUUAAGCCCUCCGGAGGGUUACAAGGACAUGGAAAUGAUGGCGGGGAGGUUGCAGACGAGAGGUCCGGUAUGCAGGGAAUGUAGCGCAACACAUGAGGACGAACUGGACGAUGAAGGUGAGGCGUCGCAGUCUGACAGUGAUAUGGACGGACAGACGGACGUCCGGGAACAGGAGGAGAAAGAAAAGACUGAUCAAAGUCAACAGACUACGCCCACCACACCUCCCAGUAUCGAAAACUCCAAUAACCAAAGCUACAUCCUGGAUACCUUAAGCAGUACCAAAGUGACUCAGCAGUACCCUUCGAGGCCAUCAUCAGAAGAUUCCCGAAGAUCUGCAGCGAAUCAAGGUUCACCUAUCAGUGGAAUCUUAAAAGGGGGAAGGCUGUGGAAACAGCAAAGUAUUGAGGCGAAUUUGGCAAAGAACUUGGAGCUAAAUACUCAUUCUUCUGACUCGGUUACUUCGGACGAAGAGACGACCAACAAACGCUCGGUACGAUUCAUCGAAACCGACGAAAAGGAGAAACGUGUCAGCUGCGACGGUGCACCCGAAAGUACGUCCGAAGAAGAGAUCCGAACGCAGAACCAUCAGGACAAAGAGAGUAACAAACAGGAUAUUUACGGUACUUCGCCCACCGAUGCCAUCGAUAUAACUUUGAGGUUUGGGAACCAUCUGCUCAUCCCGUCAGAGAACAGUUUGAAGCCGAACUCUGCUGUCAGGCAACUGUUCUCGUCCUGCACUAAAAGUCUGGCUACACCUCAAGUUAUUCAGAUUCCAGAGGAAGAGGAUUCGCAGCAAUAUCUGGUCACUUCGGAGUCCCUUAAAGCCUUUGAGGAAGCCAAACGUUCCAAGUUACCUCAGAUCAUCCAGACUGGCGAUAUUGAUGAGCCGAUCAAAAGAGCGAUAGAGCGUAAUACUUUGAGAAGAUCCCUGAUCCGUUACGAACCGAGGAACAAGAGGCAACCGUACAAAAACGAUAAUUCCCUUGUGGAGAGGAUUAAGCAGCUUACGUGUAACGUGGACGAUAAUAAUUCGGCUAAUAUGUCGAAUUGUAAUAUGCAAACAGAAGAAAUAUCAGAAAUUAAACCAGAAGGCACAACCGCUCAUGAAUCGUCAAUAGAAUCCGGUGAAACACCCGAGGAUGUCUUGGAUAGUCGUGCCAGUCCACCGGGAGAAGAAUCCAGGGUAUCGCCCGAUGUAAAUACACUUAGUGCCAACAAAAGCAAUGAUAAGAGCUUUUCACCCUCGUCUUCUAGUAGUGCCAGUUCGAGCAGUUCUAUGUCGAUUAACCAGCAAAACUAUAAUCGGAUAAGAAAAUUGUCAAAUGCGAGCGAGCAAGUGUUGAUGCUGGAUCUGAAGAGGGUGGAUGCUGUGCCAGAUAUCCAGAAUAAUUUUAGGAGGGAUACAAAACCGUUGCCUGAUAUCGGUGGUCCUCACAACCAUGACAUCUCAGAUAUCCCUCAUCGAGUCACGGCAAACCCUCCCGACCUUCCGGGACAUUGUCUUGUCGCUAACAGGAUGAGCUCGUCUUCCAACACCAGCGAAUCCCGACGUCAGUUCCUUUCUAGUCUCACUCCAUUGGCUGCCUGCGUCAGUAUGGGAGGAGUAUCGCAUAAUGAUGACUAUUACUAUCAUCUGAGUAAUCAUCAUCCACAUCUUAAUCAACCAGGUGAACGUGUCUCGGUGGCUAGCUCAGGCACCGAAUACAGCCUGGAAGACAUUGAAGAGGGACUCAAUAAGACUGAAGAGGAAGAGCAAAAGAGAAUUGCUCCAGACGUUUUGGCCGGCACCCCGUCUGCUUCAGAGUCAGGAGACGAGUUGGCCAUGUUCGUUCAACAAGAUGCCGGGAGAAUUGAACGAAUCAAAAAGAAGUACUUGCCUAUGGAACAACAACAGCAAUUGCAGAUUCAGCUACAACAACAACAGCAACAACAACAACAACAACAAGGACAAAAUCAGCCACACAAAGACAAUAAACAUAACGACGACGAGGAUGACGAACACGACGAUUACGGGUUCAACAGGCGACCCAGUGUCCGUGGAAUCAAACCCAGAUUCAGUACGACCACUGAAAUUCUACAGCAAAUUCAGAACCAGUUGCAACCACCCGCACCACCGGCCACCAGGGUUGCUUGGCCCUAUUACUCAGAGAGCGAUUCAAAUGCGAAGCAAAAGAACAUAAAUCAAGGGAAUUACGCUUAUAUUAAUGUCGGAGAGGAGGUGAUAAAGAGUAGAGGUUAUCCGCCUCAAUAUAGGCAGCAGACCACGCCUGCAGGACACGACGAGAGUUUGUAUCAGAAUUGUGCCAAUCAGAUGUGUGUUUCCAGAGAAAUGUACCAAAGAACAAAUGCCAAUGUGUAUGUACGAACGAAUAACGAGUGCUAUCAAUCGUUGCCGAGGCAAAGGACCGGAAGGCCCCAUUCUCCCCCUCCCAUGGACAUGUCCAGACAAUACCACCAAACCAUGGUCUAUAUACCGUACAACCACAUAGACGGAUACCAACCGGUACAGUAUUACCAACACACCACCGGCUCGAGCGAGUACGUGUCGAGGGUCUCUAGUCAAAAUCAAAUUAACAAGCGAUACGUUGAGCCGGUGUACCAGUCGUCCAGGGUGCACCAUCACGGGGAGGAGCACCACCAUUACAACCCCAACGUGGUUCCGCCACCGGUACCACCGAAAAUGAAUCGGGUGUCGUACCCAAACGGGCAGGCCCCCCCUGCCCACCACAUGAUGGCGGGCAGCAGAAGCGAGUCACCGUUACCGGGUCAGUUCUCCACUGCUCGAUCUACGCAAACUCCGGUCCCGUCUAUGUCUCAGUGCGGAUAUUACCCGGGGGGCAACCCCCGGUACCGUCCGGUUCAAAUCUGGCAGGGGGAGGGAAAUUACGCGACUAAAGUGAACAGGCACAGUUUCCCGGCAGCUAUUCCUCGAUAUCCUCCGGCUGACAGCAUAUCAUUAACGGACAGCGAUAGUCAGCAUAGCGGUUCCAUUCCGAACGGUUAUAAUAGACCCGACCUAUCCAUUCCAAACUCCCCGACUAAACCCCGGUUUAUUGAAAGAGGAGUUCCCGAAGGUGCUGCGAGUGUUUCUCCACAAGAUAUGUCAGGUGUAAGCCAAAGUUCCAAUAGCACCAUGACCUCACCAACGUCACCUCAAAACCCACCCGUGACUGUCACCAAUCAAAAACCGGUAUUUUACGCUAUGAACGUUUGAAAUACUCACCCGGACCAUGGUACGUGGCGCAAUGAAUGGUAAAAGGCGGUACUUUAUAGUUGAGACAUAGAAGAAAAGUACGACGUAAAAACGUGGAAUGUUUAAUUAUCCUUUUAUUGAGAUGAAAGGUAUCAGGACAUAUCAGGACAUUUAAAAAAAAAAUAGGCAUACAUCACUCAUUAAAAUUUAAUAGUGUUUUUUAGAGCAGUACAAUCAAAAUAAAUCAGACUAAAUGCAUUGGAAAUGAUUGUAUACAAGGUGUUUCAAAGCUGAGUGAUUCAUUCUAAUACAAUAACUGUACUACAUCUAUUAACAUUCCUUCCUUCGUUUAGUAUAUAUAUGAUUGUGGUAUAGUUACAUGGUCAAUAUACUUGUCCAUUAAUUAAUGCAUUGGUAUCUCUUUCAUUGACAAUUUUUGAGAGUGUGCCUCCCAAUACUGUCUUGCUACAUAUUCCUUAUGCUUUCAUAGAGUAUUUCUCCCAUAUACUAUAUAAUAAAGGUGUCAUUUACAUAUUGGAACAAAAGUUAACGUGGAUGCUUGAUAACUAGCAUCAUUGAAUAUUUCCUAUUAUUAAAAACACAUCGAUAGUCCUAAGAGUAAAUUUUAGAUCUUUUUGGAGAAUCUUGAUGUUAUCUGAGGUCCCUAAAGUUCAUCAUGCGCAGUUCAAGGUAACAUAAAUGGAAUCUACUGAAGAAAUCAGGUGUGGCUUAGUAGAAACCGCUAGAUGGAGUCUUAUGCUAAUACUGUCUCUUCAGCGUGAGUAAGUGAUUUAAUUCACUUACUCACAAGUCUUGGAAUUAAAGGGACUUUAUGAUGCUUAGACUUAUCUUCACUAUUGUAAACGGAAAAUGCCGUGUCAAGACUUGGAAGUAAAAAAAGUAGAGAUCUGCUCGAUCGGUUAAUGACAAGGGCGGGAAAUUCAAAAAGUUUUGGAAUUUAUGGGAGAGUAUGAAACUUGAAUCUUUCGUCACUACUAUUAACAGAGAAUAACUUAUCACGACUUGGAAGUAAAAAAAGUAGAGAGCUGUUCGAUCGGCUAUUGACAAGGGCGGGAAAUUCAAAACGUCUUGGAAUUUAUGGAAGUUUAUGAAGCUUAGAUCUAUCUUCACUAUUAUUACCAGAGAAUAACUUGUCACGACUUGGAAGUAAAAAAAGUAGAGAUCUGUUCGAUCGGCUAUUAAUAAGGGCGGGAAAUUCAAAACGUCUUGGAAUUUAUGGAAGUCUAUGAAGCUUAGAUCUAUCUUCACUAUUAUUAACGGAAAAUACCUUUUCAGGACUUGGAAGUAAAAGAAGUAGAGAUCUGUUCGAUCGGCUAUUGUUACAGGCGGGAAAUUUAAAAAGUCUUGGAAUUUUUCUGAGAGUCUGUGAAGUUUAGAUCUAUCUUCACUAUUAUUAACAGAGAAUAAUUUUUGUCACGACUUGGAAUUAAAAAAAGUAGAGAUCUGUUCGAUCGGCUGUUAAUAAGGGCGGAAAAUUCAAAAAGUCUUGGAAUUUAUGGAAGUUUAUGAAGCCUAGAUCUAUCUUCACUUUUAUUAACGGAGAAUACCUUUUCAGGACUUGGAAGUAAAAGAAGUAGAGAUCUGUUCGAUCGGCUAUUGUUAAGGGCGGGGAAUUUAAAAAGUAUUGGAAUUUCUGAGAGUCUGUGAAGUUUAGAUCUAUCUUCACUAUUAUUAACAGAGAAUAAUUUUUGUCACGACUUGGAAUUAAAAUAAGUAGAGAUCUGUUCGAUCGGCUGUUAAUAAGGGCGGGAAAUUCAAAACGUCUUGGAAUUUAUGGAAGUCCAUGAAGAUUAGAUCUAUCUUCACUAUUAUUAACGGAGAAUACCUUUUCAGGACUUGGAAGUAAAAGAAGUAGAGAUCUGCUCGAUCGGCUAUUGUUAAAGGCGGGAAAUUUAAAAAGUCUUGGAAUUUCUGAGAGUCUGUGAAGUUUAGAUCUAUCUUCACUAUUAUUAACAGAGAAUAAUUUUUGUCACGGCUUGGAAUUAAAAAAAGUAGAGAUCUGCUCGAUCGGCUAUUGACAAGGGCGGCAAAUUCAAAAAGUCUUGGAAUUUAUAGAAGUCUAUGAAGCUUAGAUCUAUCUACACUAUCUAUCUACAUUAUUAACGAAGAAUAACUUUCAUGACUUGGAAGUAAAAAAAGUAGAAAUCUAUUCUAUCGACUAUUGACAAGAGCGGGAAAUUCAAAAAGUCUUGGAAUUUGUGGAAGUUUAUGAAGCUUAGAUCUUUUUUCACUAUUGUUAAAGGAGAAAAACUUGUCACGACUUGGAAGUAAAAAAAGUAGAGAUCUGUUUGAUCGGCUAUUGAUAAGGGCGGGAAAUUGAAAAAGUCUUGGAAUUUCUGGGAGUCUAUGAAGCUUAGAUCUACCUUCACUAUUAUUAACGGAGAAUAACUUGUCACGACUUGGAACUAAAAAAGUAGACAUCUGUUUGAUCGGCUAUUGACAGGAGCGGGAAAUUCAAAACGUCUUGGAAUUUCUGGGAGUCUAUGAAGCUUAGACUUAUUUUCACUGUUGUUAAGGGAGAAUAUCUUAUCACGACUUGAAAGUAAAAAAAGUAGAAAUCUGUUUGAUCGGCUAUUGAUAAGGGCGGGAAAUUCAAAUAGUCUUGGAAUUUCUGAGAAUCUAUAAAGCUUAGAUAUAUCUUCACUAUUAUAUACGGAGAAUACCUUGUCUUGACUUGGAAUUAAAAAAAGUAGAGAUCUGUUCGAUCGGCUAUUGACAAGGGCGGCAAAUUCAAAAAGUCUUGGAAUUUGUGGAAGUCUACCAAGCUUAGACUUAUUUUCAACAUUGUUAAUGAAGAAGAUCUUGUCAUGACUUGGAAAUGACAAAAGUAGAGAUCUGUUCGAUCGACUAUUAAUAAGGGCGAGAAAUUAAAAAAAAAUCUUGGAAUUUAUGGAAGUCUAUGAAGCUUAGAUUUAUAAACGGAGAAUACCUUGUCAUGACUUGGAAGUAAAAAAAGUAGAGAUCUAUUCGAUCGGCUGUUAACAAAAGCGGGAAAUUCAAAAUGUCAUGGUAUUUUUGGCAAUUUAUGACUCUUAUACUCACGGAGUGAGUGACAGUUAUUUGACCCUCUUAAAUGUUCUUUUUCCGCUUCACCUUUGUCAACUUAAAAAGCCUUGUCAGGAUUUAGAGACAAAAAAAAGAAGAGAUCUGUUCGAUCGGCUAUUGACAAGGGCGGGAAAUUCAAAAAGUGUUUAAAUUAGUGGGAGUUUAUGACGCUGUUUUAAAUAAUCUUUUGCUGCUUUAUUACUGUUAACUGAAAAUUCCUUAACAGGGCUUGCCGGUAAAAAAAAAGAAGAGAUCUGUUCUAUCAAUUAUUUUGAAUAGCGGGAAAUUCAAAAUAACGUUUACUCUUAAUAAUAAAUAACUCAGCUUUGAAACAUCCUAUUUUAUGAUUAAACCCCUUUUUUUACGUACUACUUUUCUUAAAACGUUUAUUUGGCAAGAGUGUACACAAAGUGGACAAAAGGGAUUUGCAAUUCUCAUAAAUUAUUUAUUAAAAAAAGUCGUAUUUUGUAAAAUUGAAUUGAUAGUAUUAAACAAUAUAAGUAGGUUAUAAUAACCGGAUAUAAUAAAUAUUUUGGGGCAGAAAAGUUGCUUUAAAAGCAACACCACUUUUAUUCAUAUACUUGAUAGUUAUAUGACUUUAAAUGUACUUCUAUAUGUGUGUGCUUGUUACUUAAAAAAAAAAUAAUACAGAUAAUAAUUAUUAUUGUUAUAUUCGUCUAUAUAAUAAUAAAUGUAGCUUUAAGUCGAUUUUUAAUGAUUUUCAAAAGUUUAUAUAUAUAUAUAUAUAUUUUUUUUGUUUAUAGUUAUUUUAUAUAGAAACGUUCUGUCAAAGUUUGGUUGUUACGUAUGGGGUGUUUAUAAGGGAUAAAAGGUCUUAUUUUGACCCAGGAUUAGUUUUUUUGCUGCAUUGAUUGGGUUAUUUAUUGUUUUCAUAACUCAAAAGCUACUCAACCUAUACAUUUGAAAAUUCGUAUACUGAUUCUCGGUUUAAAUUGACCUAUUUCAGCGUUUUAAACACAAUCCAAUUAGCAAAAAAACUAAUAUAAGGUUUUCCUUUAUGUCGCAAUGUACUUGAUCAGUUGUAAAUUAAAUAUUGACAUUUGUAGACUAGUAAUUGUUGCCAAAAAAGAAGAGAUUCCAAUACCAAAGUAUUAUUAGUUAGAUAAGUGUUAUAUUGACCAAAUACUGAAUUAAUUUAAAAAAAAAUGAUCGGGUGUCUUUAGGAGCUACUAAAAUGGUUUCUUUGCAUAGAUCUGAUGACGUUAUAUGAUUGCAAUCGUCAAUGGUUGCGUUCUUAUUAUGAAACCAAAUUGUGAUUACAAAAGUGACAAAGUUACUUUAAAUUGUUAGUAAAGAAAAGGUAUUAUCAGUAUAUAGUGAAUCAUAUAACUUAUUUUAUUCAUUGGUAGGAGAUCGUAAUCCCAAAGUGGGACCCAGUAUAUUUGUUUAUUGAUAAUAUGAUGAUAUUUACAAGUGAGAGCUCUUGAAAAAUCGGUCUAAAAGUGUAAUUUUUGUAUUCAGAGGUAAAACAUGCUUUAAUCAAUUUCUCAUUGGAUAUUGUGUGCUCUACGUUGUUGUCAAAAAAGUCGAUUGAAGCCCUACAUUAAUAAUAAUCUAUUAACAAAAAUUAAUUUGAUUAAGUUGUCUGUUUUGUUUCGGAUCUCUAUAACAUAUUUUAUACCGUUACUGUAGAAAUAAUUAAUAACAAAUUGUUUGUAAGAUUCCCUGAUGACAUAAAUAAAUCGAUUGUAUACACAUA